ACUUCUAGCCUUCCCUUGUUUGGCUUGGUAAGAGUACCUUCAACCCACAGAGGCGUCGGCCAGUACUCCACGGCGGGUGAGCAAUCAACGACAUUGUUGCUGCCCAGGCUUUGGUUGUCGUAUUCCAUGAUUGACGGGCUGCAAAUUUACACCUUCCUAGUGUUUCUCACUUGCAAGAGGACAAUCAUAUCUGGCUUAGGAAUCCUUAUGCUCUGCAAACAGCCAAACACCCUCGGCUACUAUCCAAGAGCUCCCAAAGCAAAAGGCAAAGCUGCAAACCAACAAGAGAAUAAGGGCAAGCCUAUGCGGAACAAAAAAUAAUAGGGCCUCUAACUGUUGAUAAAUUUAUCUACUUUUUGUGAAUCUAUUACUUAAUUAAAGUGAUGUUUGUAA